AUGGACGCGUUCAUUAAUCUGGCUAAGCAAGGUCUCGAGUCCGCUGGGCAUUCUCAAUGCAAGUCGCGCCCCACAGGAGGUCACGAAUACAAUGGCCCGAAUCAUGCCGGAGCAGGGGGCACUGCAGAUCGCCCUCAAUUCGAUGAAGGCGAAGUGGUACAGAGCGCCGCUCGAGAGGGAAGCGGGGACCAUUCACUCUUCUCGAGCGCAAUGGGCUUCAUGAAUCAGAACAAGGAAGAGCACGAGAAACCAAUUGACGAAGAGCACGUCCAGCACGCUCAUCGUCAGGCAUACGAGGAAGGUUCCGCCGGCUCGCUUAGUGCUGGUUCUAUGGGCAGCGCAGCUGCGAUGCAGAUAUUGAAGCAGUUCACCUCCGGCGGCAGUGGCGGAGGUUCCCAGACGCAGCUGAUCAGCCUCGCGAUGGCGGAGGCUUCCAAGCUUUUCGACAAAUCCGGCGGUGCUGCCUCAGGGAACAAGCAAGACGCCGUGAAUGGCGCGGCCAUGACGGUCAUGAAGAUGCUUGUGCAGUCCAAAUUCAGCGGCACUACAGGCGGAAGCAACAGUGGGGGUUUGAGCACCAUCAUGGGCCUGGCCAACAAGUUUAUGUGA